AUGGCGGGUGUUGUUCCAACCGAAAUGUCCGCCAAUAGUCCAAGACGUACCGCCCAAUUUGCACGCAAUGCUCAAGGAGGAGCAAAUAUGGAGAUGAAUACCGGAAUCCUCCAACUUGUUUAUGCAAAUCCAUUCACCGGAAUGGAUCAUGAGGAUCCUUUCGCACAUCUCACCAAAUUUUAUGAGAUUGCGGGUUCAACGGGAGUCGACGCGGCCAAUGAAGAAUCAUUGUUCAAGAGACUAUUUCCAUACUCAUUACUUGGGAAAACCAAAGAAUGGCAACCUCCACCUCACAACAAUCCUUACCAAAGAAACAACCAAGGAUUUCAACCUUCAAGAUUCAACAAUCAACACUAUCAACAUCAAAGUACUUAUCAAAGUCCAAACCCUCAAGGUCAAGGUCAACAAUCUCAAGAUGGGAGCUCAAAAUUGGAAGACACUCUUACACAAUUCAUGCAAGCAUCCAUGGCUAAUCAAAGGAGUAAUGAAGCGGCCAUAAGGAAUCUAGAAAAUCAAGUGGGUCAACUUGCAAAGCAAUUGUCCGAGCAACAACCGGGGGCAUCCUUCUCCGCCAACACCCAAACCAAUCCAAAGGAACAUUGCAAAGCCACUGUUACAAGAAGUGGGAGGAAGGUGAAUAACGGCGUGAAUGAAGAGGUUAUAGUGGAAGAUGAGGAGGAAGUAAUAGUUGAAGAGGAAGAAGUGGAAGUGAUAGUUGAAAAUGAGGGAGAAAAGAGUGAGGAAAAGAUAGAGGAAGAAUUAGUUGAAAAAGAGAGAAAAGAAAACGAAGAAAGUGAGAAAAACAACAAAAAAGUGAAGAGGAAUAAAAAGAGAGAUGAACAAAAGAGCACAAUCCCAUCCCAGCACUUACCAUACCCACAUGCCAAAUCAAGGACGGAUAAUGCAAGGCAAUACGCUAGGUUUAUGGAUAUUUUCAAACAACUCCAAGUGAAUAUCCCAUUUUCCGAAGCGUUAGAACAAAUGCCAAAAUAUGCAAAGUUCAUGAAGGACAUUCUCACCAAGAAAAAGAGGUAUUCGGAAGAGGAGACUGUUUUACUUGAUGCUCGUUGUAGUGCCAUAAUCCAAAAGACACUACCAAAGAAAGAAGCCGAUCCGGGACGUGUUACUUUGCCGGUUACCAUUGGAGGCCAUUACAUAGGUAACGGUUUGGUUGAUUUGGGCUCAAGCAUUAAUUUAAUUCCGUUGUCUAUCAUCAAGAGGUUGGGAAACAUAGAGAUGAAGCCAACCCAAAUGACUUUGCAACUAGCCGAUAAGUCUCUCACCUCUCCUUACGGAGUUGCGCAAGACAUGCUAGUCAAAGUGGAUAAAUAUUUGUUCCCGGUAGAUUUUGUGGUAGUUGAUAUGGAAGAAGACCGUGAUGUACCAUUGAUACUUGGAAGACCGUUCAUGAAAACAGCUCGGAUGAUGAUCGACAUAGACAAUGGUCUCAUGAAGGUGAGAGUGCAAGAUGAAGAAGUCACUUUCAAUCUCUUUUAA